AUGUUUUGGAAAUUGAACCAAUCAAAGACUAUCUUGUUUGUUGUGCUCGUGUUUCUGCUAGCAGAAGAUCUCGGCUCGAACAUCUUUGCAAAUGCUGAGUCUAUAGAAUGCAACACCUUUUGGACAUCACCAUCGUAUUGGACUGAUAAUAAAUACAGGUGCGGUGGAAAAGAUAAGGACGGAGCAAAGUUCAUUUAUUCGUGCAAAUGGUGCGGAAGGGGAGAUGGGAAAUUUUCCAGUGCCUAUGACUGUGCUGACUCCACCGGAAAAGUGAUCACGACGGGAUCAUGGGAUUGCGAUGCCGGAAUGGAUCAAGAUGACGACAACAAAGAUAGGCCUAUCUUUUGCUACCGUUAUAACGCAACAAGAGUUGCGGAGCCCUAUACUUGCAAAAGCCGGCAUCUGCUUCAACAAUGUCCUUUGGACUUAUGCAAGCGCGUUACAAGUAAAUAG